UGCCAUUUUAGGGAUGUAUGACAUCGCUUGGUGUUGAAGAUGAGCUCAACUUCAAUGUUUUCUGUCGACAUCUAAUGAAUCUCAGCAACUGAAGUCAUUAUAUGUGUCACCUGGAGAAAGAUGAUAAUGGCAGAUGACAAGGAUGUGCUCCGAGAUGUUUGGUUCGGAAGGAUACCGGCCUGUUUCACACUGUCUCCAGAGGAAACCACAGAGAGAGAGGCAGAACCUUACUAUCUGCUCCUCCCACGGGUCAGUUACUUGAUGCUAGUCACUGAUAAAGUCAAGAAACAUUUUCUCAGAGUCAUGAAGGCAGAAGACGUGGAGGAGAUGUGGUUUGAAUAUGAGGGGACGCCUCUCAAGUGGCACUAUCCCAUUGGCGUGUUGUUUGAUCUUCAUGCUUCAAACACAGCUCUGCCCUGGAAUAUCACAGUGCACUUUAAGAACUUCCCAGAACGCGACUUGCUUCACUGCCCAUCGAACUCUGUGAUAGAAGCGCAUUUCAUGUCAUGCAUUAAAGAGGCAGAUGCACUCAAACACAAAAGCCAAGUUAUCAACGACAUGCAGAAAAAAGACCAUAAACAACUGUGGAUGGGUCUGCAGAACGACGAUGAGUGACAGACCGUUCAUCCAAAAGCUCUUCCGACCAGUGUCUCCUGAGGGCCACACGCUUACGUUGGGAGACCUGCUGAAGGAGCUGUUUCCUGCUGCCAUAUGUGUGGAAGACGAGCCAAAGAGAUUCCAAGUUAUGAUUCACGGCAUUGAACCACUGCUGGAAACACCCAUCCAGUGGUUGAGCGAACACUUGAGCCACCCAGACAACUUUCUCCACAUCAGCAUCAUCCCAGCACCAAGUGACUGAUUCCAGAGGAUCCAGUCGUCUGGUGAUGGAGAAUUAGGGAUAAAAGAUUUGCAGAAACGUUCUGAUGGCACACCGUUUCUUCCCGUUUUCUCAUUCUCAUCCCUGCAGUGGCCUUAUCCGAGCGAUGGUCAUUAAACAUCAGAAUCCUGCGCACUUCACAUGAAGGAGACGCUCUCAAAACUACUUGGUUCAUUUAGAGCUCUCAGAUGGGUCCCGUGUUCUUGCUGCCUUUAAAAUUCUUACAUUCAUACAUUUGCACAAGCUUGAUGUGAUUGUACUCCCACAUUAACUCUUUGACACUCCCGUUCCCACUCUCUAAUUUGUGAGUAUCGUACGCUUAGACUCUCAGAUCUGGUAAUUAUUAGGAGGAAUCCUGAUUGGUGUUUAAUAAGGCCACUAAACUGCUAUACGUACUACACGACUGCCAUGGGGUGUAAAAUGAAGAUGGAUUUUUUUGCAUAAAACCUAAAGCAGGAAUAACGAUGACUUUGGGACUUGAGGGACAAAUAUUGGUGACUUCAUUCACUGGAUUAAAUGUGUCAGUGUCUGGUUUUGGCAGCCGUGUAGGGGGUCACAGCUCAGUGGAGGUGAUGAUGCCGCGAGCUGAUUAGUCACAGUCCCAGACAUAUUUUGGUGGGAUAUAGCACAACUGAAGCUCUCUUUCCCGGACACUGUUAAAGAUAUGGUUUACUUUCUUCUAGGGGGGGGGGUGUUUGGAAUUUUUUUUUUAUUCAUUUAGAGCAAAUAUUUGAUCUUUGAAAUGGGUAUGUAUCGUGUAAAAAGUAAGUCAGAGGCCAUACAAAUACAUGAUCAUAUCACACUGUUUCCAACAAAUUAAUCUUACAGUAUUUUUUCCCCUCAUUUAUUUACAACCUGUAGGCAGACUGGCUGUCUGUGUUUAGGGGGAUGUGGGGACUGUAGAUCAGUGCUGCAGACGACACACAGCUGAGAGUGAUUAUUCGUUUAGAGGAAUCGGUGAGUGUUUUACCCCAGACCGAGACAGAGAGACAGCGGGCAAAACCGCAGAGCUUACGCCACCACCAGGCGACUUCUCGGCAGACUGUUCUUGAGACAGUGCUGUUUGUGUACAAACUUUAAGAUGUUUAGAUCAUUCCUUGUAUGAUUCUGAAUAAUUACAGAAAUAAAGAUGCUGCAACUCCUCACUACUAAUAACACGGUUAAAAUGAUAAUAACAUGGUUCAAAUGUGCAGUUUCUUGCGUUAUUUUAAUUGCGGUGAUUGCUAAACUG